AUGCAGAGCUGCAGGAAAUUUCCUUGCACCCCCACCAUUGUUUCGGUAUCUGCCGAAUGCAGCCAAGAGUCUGCCAGAAUCAACUGGACGACGAGCAUUGGCGCCAUUUUUUACAUCGCUGUUGUUCAGGAUUUGGAUGGGAAUUUGCACAGCUGCAGUUCAGGUGGCACUGACUGCUUGGUGGAAGGCCUGAGAUGCGCACAGAAUUACACGGCCCACGUUACUGGAACCAAUCUUAAGUGUAACAGCAGCACCAGUGAGGAGAUAGCUUUCUCUACAGCACCUUGUCCCCCUGAUAACAUCGAGGCAUUCAGAGAUUGCGAUGCCAACCAUGCGCUGAUAGUCUGGCAAAACCACCAGUCCACUGGCAUCUACACUGCAACCAUAGAGGAUCAGAGUGGAGCUCAACUUACCUGCAACAGCAACACUGUCAACAACUGCAAAAUCCGUGAUCUGCCCUGUGGAAAGACAUACAGCGUCACUGUCACGAACAGUGAUGAAAGCUGCUUGUCUACCUCCACACCCAUCAGCAUGGACUCAGUGCCAUGUGGUCCAGAGGAUGUUGAAGCUAGUAUCGACUGCGCUACUGGCAAGCUGACUAUGACUUGGAACAUCACUAUUCCCGCGGAGAACUAUACGGCUACCAUUUCCAGGGGCAUGGGUCAGCCCAUACACUGUAACUCCACAGAAACCCAGUGUACCACAGGAGGGCUGGCAUGCGGCAGCACUUACUCUGUGACAGUUAUGUCGGUCACUGGUUCCUGCUUCAGUCUGCCCAGUCCAGAGGCCACUGUGCAAACGUUGCCUUGCCCUCCUACUGGGGUCACUGUUGAGACAACGUGCACUUCAUCAGCUCCUGUGUCAUGGGUGGCCAGCAACAGCGCUGAAUACUACACUGCUUUUGCUGUGAGCGGCUCUGGACACACCUUAGAAUGCACCACCAAUGAAACAUUGUGCAACCUCUAUGGCCUCCGGUGUGGGGAGGUUUACACCAUCGGUGUCGCAGGAGUGAACGACAACUGCACAGGUCUACAGGGAGACACUGUGGAGCUGUACACGGUGCCAUGCAGCCCCACUAAUGUGUCCAGCCAGUUGGACUGCUUGGCUGGCACCGCUCAUUUGUCCUGGGCCCCAUCUCCAAAUGCUGUGGAUUACGUUGCAGUCAUCAACAAUACUGAAGUCUCACACAGCUGCUUCAGCUUAACUGCCAAUUGCACUAUCAACAACCUGCUUUGUGACAACUCAUAUGAAAUUUUUGUGGACACCCAUGAUGGCAACUGUGUCAGCCCCUUUAGCUCACCCCAGAGACUUGGACCAGGACCGUGUGACCCAGUCAAUGUGACCACCGUACUCCAGUGUGGCUCAGAUGCAGCCACAGUGUCAUGGAAUGCUAGUGCUGGAGCCACGGCAUACACGGUUUUGGCUUACAAAUAUGGUUCACAGUAUCAAGCAUCCUGCUGGGCCAUGGCAACUUCCUGUCAGUUGGAUGGGCUUCAGUGUGGAGCAAUAUACAACCUGACUGUGUUAGCUGAAGACACCACAUGUAACAGCACUGGAGAGAACACAACAAUCUUGAUGACAGGUAAUCAUAAAUCCAUUCCACCAUGA